UGUCUGGUGACAUAAGGAUGAGAAUUUCUUUCGAAAUACAGCAAGAAGUUUGCUUGAUUUUAAAGACAUUAUCAGAAGCACAUGUCACCAUAUAACUACAGUGUUGAUUGAAUUACUGUGAAAUAUUUCUCUGGAUUAAUAUUUGCUUCAACUAAUUUCUGUGAAAUUGAGAAAAUGUUUACUGGAUAAAUUUGUGUGUUGAAUGUAGAUGGAAAAUUUACUAUGACUCAUGAAGUGACUUCUGUGAAACAUCUUUCAUAGCUGGAUAUUGAAAACUGGAACAAUUUAAGGGAUCUUUCACCUGAUGUCAUUGUCAAAUUGAUUCCUGGGAAAAGAUUCAAUCUGGGUCUUAUAAGAGUUUCUUUAUGGUUUAUAUACUUUAAGAAUAUAUUUCUUUGAAUUAAUACAGUGUUUAUUCAGAAUAUUUGUGGAACAAUUUCUUAUUUAUAAAUUACAAAGAAAAACUGGAACAUAUGUUUGUAUUGUUAUAUGAUUAACAGAAGAAAUUAUGGAUGAGAAACUGUAUGAAAGAAAGGUUUGUGAUGAAACACAACCUAGAGAUAACUAUGAAGAUACAGAGGGACAAUCAUAUCCCUGUAAUAUAUGUGGGAAGGUAUUUUCAAAGAAAAGAUAUUCAAUUCGACAUAAAUUAAUUCAUACAGGGAAGAGGCCACAUCGGUGUGAUAUCUGUGGUAAAGCAUUCUUAGAAAGAGGACAAUUGUCUACCCAUAUUCGUACUCACACAGGUGAGAAACCAUAUUCCUGUGAUAUCUGUGGUAAGACAUUCUCUCAGAGACGCACCUUACUUUGCCAUAUAAGUGUUCAUACAGGAGAGAAACCAUUCCACUGUGAGUUUUGUGAUAAAACGUUUCCUGAAAGUAGUGCCUUAUCUAAACACAAACGUAUUCACUCAGGUGAGAAACCAUACCUCUGUAAGACCUGUGGUAAAGCAUUUCCUGUAAGCAGUGCCUUAUCUCAACAUGAACAUAUUCAUGCAGUUGUGAAACCAUACCACUGCGAUAUUUGUGGUAAAACAUUCUCUCAGAGUAAUUCUUUACGUUAUCAUAUAAGUACUCAUACGGGAAAGAAACCAUUCAACUGUGAUAUUUGUGGCAAAACAUUCUCUCGAAGUCGUUCUUUACUGCACCAUAUAAAUAUUCAUACAGGUGAAAAACAAUUCCAUUGUGAGAUAUGUGGUAAAAUAUUCCUUGUCAGUGGUAAUUUAUCUCGUCACAAACGUAUUCAUACAGGUGAGAAGCUAUACUCCUGUGAUAUUUGUGGUAAAACAUUCUCUCAAAGUCAAUCUUUGCUUUACCAUUUAAGUACUCAUACAGGUGUGAAACCAUUCCAUUGUGAGAUUUGUGGUAAAACUUUCUGUCAGAAUGGUCUCUUAAACAAGCACAAACGUAUUCAUACAGGUGAGAAAUCAUAUGACUGUGAUAUCUGUGGUAAGAUAUUCUUUCAAAAUAGUGAUUUAUCUCGUCACAAACGUAUUCACACAGGUGAAAAACCCUACCACUGUGAUAGCUGUGGUAAAAAUUUUACUCAACGUGCUUCUUUAUUGCGUCACAAAUAUAUUCACACAGAUGAGAAACUGUAGAACUGUGAUGAAAGGAGCCUUUCUUUGUAAUCAUGCAUCUGACUACUAAUUUGCAAGCAUCAGUUGUUGUUGACAUUUAUGUUAAAAUAUUCUGAAAGG